CUAAAAUAAAGCGUCAUCCAGAAGAAAGCAGGAAAAGGUUUUAAACGAGAGUGAGAGCAUUUUUAAAACUAAAACUUUUAAAAGUGGGCCAAAAGUUUUAGGAUAGUCUUUCAUAAUUAUGACUGACUUUACAACGAUUUCAAGAAUCCCCCGAGGUAGGCAUAUUUUUAUGGAGUAUCAACUGUCACUGUCAGUUACUGUACAGUCUGACUGUACUGUACUACAGACUACAGUCACUUCAAUCCGUAUCAACUGUUGAGUGACUUUUUAUUGUUGAUUGAAAUUCAAUAUUAUAAUUGAAUGAGAUCAAAACUUUUAACCUCUCACUUUACUUUAUAAACUUCUUUAUAUAAUUAUAACUUCAUGAUUUCAAUGACUUGGGACUGGGACACUAACUUUUUUUUUUUUGUGAAGAAGUGCCGGCAAGCACUAAGUGUGACUAAGAAACUAAGAGUAAGACACUAACUUAGUAAGAGUAAGAAAGAGGUCUUACUUAAUCUUUACACUUACUGGCCCUCAACUCAGACUUAGGGUGACUUAGGCUUACUCAAUUUACUGAUAUUUGUGUGUCUUUUGGGUGUACUCUUUACAGGAGCUUAGCACUUAGACUUAGAUUAGAUAUAUUAUUAUUAUUACCACUGAUAACAGUAUGUCUUAGGACAGUUCAGUGGAGUAAAAAAAAAAAAAUUAAUCAAAUACUGUGUCUUUUUUUGUAUGUAUGAGAGAAACCUAUUUGCUGGUGGUAGAAUUCUACCACUUGUAACAAGUGCUAUUUUUCUGGGAAUUUUACAUGUACCUAGCUUAUGCUUGUUGAACACAGCAUUAAAGCCAUUAGAGAAUUAUAAUUUGUGAUGUGACUUUGAAAAUUCAUAAUAUAAGUUUUAUUUUCAAUAUUUUCAGUGAGAACAACUGAUAUGAAUGAUGGGACUGUGGAAGUUGUAUUAUUUGUUCAAGGUCUAGAGCCUACCAAGGAUAAAUUCAAACCUAAACAUGGAAAAGUGUCUUUUGACUGGUUUAAUGAGUAAGCCACUCUAGAAACAGUGUGACUGUCAGUUGUAUUAAUCAAGCAUUCAUUUUUUUAUAGUAGGCUAUAGCUUCUAAGAUACUCAAUCCCAAAUAAGUUUUUCACAUGGAAAAAAUUCAGCAAAAGCUUUUGUUGCAAUAUAACAUUCAGCUGACAAUGAUCACAUUAUUAAAUUUAAAUUUAAUUUUCCAAUAUUGCCAAUAUUAACAACACAGUGAAAAAAGCAACAGAUGUUUGGGUUUCUACAAUAAAUGGGACUUUGAAUUAAUAAUAGUAAAACUAAGAUGAUAAAUUAUUGAUAAUACAAAGAAUAUCUUAACUUUCAAAUUCAGAUAAUAUACUUAAAAUAGUUCUUUAAUUGUUAUUUUAAAUGUAUUUAUAAUUCAUAACAAUAAAGCUUAAACAUAUACUUGAAUAUAAGCAGAUAUACUUUAUUGUUAUUAUAUUUAAAUUGAUUUGAUUUCAGUGAAAUAAUAAUUUAAAAAACCCUAUCAUUCUUUUAAUAAUGCAAUAGCCAAACAAAUUUAAUUUGAGUCGUUUUUUUUUAGCAUUAUAUGGAUACCCUAACUCAUUCUUAUAUAUAUUGCUACUGUAUUAUCCUUCAUUCUAUCCUACCAGUGAUUAUGGUUUCACUGUGGAAAUUGAAAUAAAAGACAAUAAGGCAAAGACAAUUACAAAAUGGUCUCGUCAAGCUGAAAGGAUGCCUACAAAAAUAAAUAGGAGAGAUUCAAAAUGGACCGUAAGUAAUUUAUCAUUGUAAGUUCAAUAUUUAAACCCUUUAAUUAAUUAUAUAAUUAAAUCCUAUGUUAAUUGAUUAUAUAGGGGCCAUCCAUAUAUUAUGUAAGCAAAAAAUAAUCAAAUUUUCAUUACCACCUCCCCAUUUCAUUCAUACAUUUUUUGACAUCCCCAUGUAUGCAUACAAAUUACAAUAAUUAAUAAUGCAAUAAAAUGAAGUCACAAUAAACCAUGUUAAGAAAUAUUUCUCAGGUUUUCUCAACUGUCUGUUUUGCAUAACCCAGUGGUUCCCAGGUUGUGCUCUGAGGAGCCGCAGCUACAUCAUAUAGGCACAGUGAAAUAUUACACAAUUUUCAUAAUUUUAUUUCCUCUUACAGUACAAUAUCACAGGCACAAAAUUUAGCGGGCUUGGUACCAACCAGUAACUCACUUGAGUAAUUACUGUGUUCAGAAGCUCGGACUUAUGGUUGCAAGAUGGCUCGUACUGCUUUUUUGACUUAGGGUCCCUGGGGAAACCUAGACUCUGCAAGAGUUUAGGGACCACUGGUGUAUCAAACAAAAACUGAAACAUACAAAGGGGAAUGGUGGACUAAAUAUGACCGUUUCUAGGGCAAAAUCUAGCAAGUUCAAUAAGGAAAGCACAAAGCAACAGUAUGACAAUAACAAAACAUUUCACAUAUUUUCAGGUAGCAUCCUUAAUAGAUUUUGGACUAAAGACUUUUUAUAGACUUUUAGAAUCUCAGGAUAAUUAUUGCAGAAUUUUUUUCUGCAGAGGGUUGUGCCCACCCACCUAAUCAUACACACCUGUACACAUUAUCUCUAAAAUCAACAACUCAGUCCACAUUUUAUAUAUUUGUGGCCCCAUAAUAAAUGUAUUUAAUAAAUUAUGUUAGUAAAUCCUUCAACUGAUUAUUAUAAGUGUGUUAACAAAUCAAAGUAAAGUACCUGUUAAGAAUUAAAAUUUUAACUAAACAAUAUUUAAUCAUUUAUUUAUUACAAAAAAAAAUUUAAAUAUUGUAGAUGUUUUUUAAAUUUUAGCUUAGCAUUCUGUGUUUUAAAUUUACACAGGUGGAAAAGGGAAAGCUUAUUAUAACAAUAGUCAAAGCUGUGGCAGAACCUUGGAUGAAAAAAGUAAGGGACAAAGGAUUGGAUCAAGCUAGCAGCAGUGAUACAGAUGAAGAAGCAGAGGGAAAUAACGCAGAGAAAUAAUGAUACGGUCAGAAUUUGUAUUAAACAUUAUAUUGUAGUUUGCUCUAUAAUGUGUUACAACUAACAUCUAGCCUUUUCUUGGAAUCUUUUGUGUCAUAGUCAAUAAGUCAAAUGAAAAUAGGUGUUUCUUAUAGAGAGUACAUAUUACAUAUUUGGGGAGCAUCAUUUUUAAGGAGGGAGACACAUAUAAAUUAUUUAAACCAAACUACAGAAAGCUACAACCAACAUUCUGAAUAAAAUAAAAUAAUAUGGUGAUGCAAUCACAUAAUGAUAAAAAUAAAGUUUAAAGUUUUCAAUAAAAAGUCUUAUGUACUUAUGUUUAUUUAUGGGUGUGAAGCAGAGAAAAGUAAACAUAAGCUAUGUAAAAUUAUCCAAAAUAUUACAGUAUCAGAUGGGAACCAUCAGGAAGUGAUUGGCAAUAGACUGAGGAAACCAAAAAUCUAAAAUUACUUGACAGGCUCUGUCGUGGUGUCUACAAAGAUACUAAAAACUGAGAAAGACCACAUAGCACUUGGAGAAGAGGACUCUGGUCAAUGUGAUGGAGAUCAACGACAAGAAGUGAAAUGAGCAAGAAAUAACAGCUCAAAACAAAGAUGAAUGGAAAGAAUUUGUGAAUGGAAUAUACGCCAUUGCCCCAAAUAAAGCAAAAAAUAUACUAUAACUUUAAUGGUAUCAGGAUCAAAAUUGUUACCACUCUGAACAGUGGGCCAUUUUUAUUGAGAUUUGGUUUCACAAAACCAAAAUUACUGUCUACUUCUUUGUUCCUACUCUAUUUAAUGGACGUCUUAUGAAUAGGGAUCCUUCCAUUUAAGGCCAAAUUGUUGAGAUGUGUGUAGUUUAUUGCUACUAUAAUUAUUUUCUAAUAUUUUGAAAGUAACAUUUCUAUUGAUAGGAAUAACCUCUCAAUACUCUCAUUCCUUUCUUGCACUAUUUAAUUUAUUCAGAGAUCAUGAUUGUUGGUCUAAAAAAAAUCUAUAUAUUGGGGUGGAAUGGUAACUAAGUGAGCACUUCCAGUAUGGCAAUAUGCAGAACUGUUAUAAAACAUAUAGUCACAACAAUUUAAAAAGUGAUACUACAAUGGACAGGACACCUUAAUUGGAUGCUGGAUUGUAGAGCAUCAAAAUGGGUGACAGAGGCAGAUGGCUCACCUGUGGACCAAGACUGGAAUAGAUUGAUGGUAUAGAAAAUGACUUAAAUCAGCUAGUGGUCCACACAUGGAGGCAGAAAGCCAUGGAUUGGUCAUAAUGGAAGGCUAUGGUGGAGCAGGCUAUGAUUGCACAGUGAAUUGAUCAGGUCAUGUUGCAAACUAAAUCUAUCUGGUACAACAACACAGAGGAAAUGGAUAACCUUAUUUUCAACUUGCUUUUUAAUUCUCUGAAAUCCCAGACACAUUGCGAAAAUUUCAUUGAACUUAUCGUUGUAUCAAUGAAUGCAAGUGCAAGGCUGGAAAGUGUUAAACUUUGGGUUAAAAAGAGAUUUUUUAAAAAUUCCGUUAAAAAUCGUCCACAGUUAAAUAAAAUUUAUGAACAAUAAUGUUAUCACAAUGUAAGAGGAUACAUUGAAAUAGUCCAUGAUUUUAUCAAGAAAAAAAGAAAAAAGAUCUGUAUGUGAUUUGAAAUCACCAAAUUCUUGAAAUAUUAUUUGUCUUUUCCUUCUCUUGUAAAUAAAGGAUAAGGUAAACAAAAAAAAAACUAUUUCUUCUCAGAUCUCUUGUUUUAUCUAAUGGUUGAUUAAUGUAUAGGCCCCAUUACAUAAAAGUUAAAUAUUAUUAAUGUAAAAACUAAAGUAUAACAUGUAUAAUUAAAUAUUAUUACUAAUUAUUUUAACUGUUGAAAAAUUUACGAACCAGUUUUAAAUAUUCAACAGGGCAGUUGCCUCAAAAAGGAUGAUGAUGGGAUACCUAAAGAAGUGCAAAAAAAAAAGUGCAAUAGAGAAGGUCAUAGAAAGCAUUGUAUAAUAAAAACCUACUCAAGCAUGAACUGACAUAAACACUUUGGAACUACUAGCUGCUGGGUGAGACAACUAGAGAUGCAUAAUAAAAAUCAUCGCAUGAAUAUCUGAGUUUUACCAAGAGCCAGGUGAGGAGAAACAUAGAUGACAAGACUUUUUCUCUUGUGACCCGAAAAGCUAUAAUAGGGCCCAUCCUUCCGUGUGGCGCUACAAGAGUCUUACCAAGAGCCAGGUGAGGAGAAGCAUAGAUGACAAGACUUUUUCUCUUGUGACCCGAAAAGCUAUAAUAGGGCCCAUCCUUCCGUGUGGUGCUACAAGAGUCUUACCAAGAGCCAGGUGAGGAGAAGCAUAGAUGACAAGACUUUUUCUCUUGUGACCCGAAAAGCUAUAAUAGGGCCCAUCCUUCCGUGUGGUGCUACAGCCCAUGUAAGGCUUUGGCCUGCUUCACCAUUUCCUUCCACUCAGACCUAUAUGAUGCUUUUUUUUUUCCAUGCUUGGCUUCGCGGCUGCUGUAGAUCUUUUUAAUCCAAAAAUCAUGUCCAUAUCCAGAUAUAGGUCUAUUUCCAUUAGAAUCAUUUAACGGCCACUCUCUUCUCAGUUCUAAUCAGUCAGCAUAUAGACCUUUUCACAGCACAGACAGCUCUCUUGAGAGUCACUAGUAACCUCUUGCUCGCAAUGGACAGCAGUAAUGUCUUCAUCCUGAUCCUCUUAGAUCUCAGUGCGGCCUUUGAUACUAUUGACCACCAAACCCUUUUCAAAACCUUUGAAAAUUACUUUGAAAUUUCUGGUUCAGUUUUUGGCUUGACCUACCUCUCACAUAGAACACAGGCGGUCGCUGUCAGUGGCUGUCUCUCAGGCAGUGCUGACUUGGUGUACGGAGUGCCACAGGGGUCCGUUUUGGGCCCGGUUCUGUUCACAAUGUAUACCCGGCCACUGCUCCUCUUGCUUGGGAGGCUUGUUGUUGAGAGCCAGUCAUUUGCAGAUGACACGCAACUAUACAAGCACACCCAUCCCUCUCUUGUCGACUCCGGUCCAGACUUUUCAGGAGUGCAUUGGUGAUGUCAAGUCAUGGAUGACACUCAGCAAGUUGAAGCUUAACGAUAACAAAACAGAAGCACUCCUCAUUCACAAUCACAAAUCAUCCUCUACCUCAGCACUCCCCACUUCAUUUCAGGUAGGUAACUCCAACAUCCAGUUUACAUCCUCUGCCAAGAAUCUUGGUUUCAAUAUUUCUAAGAAAAUGUCUCUCAAAAAUCCCUCACAUUUGUCCCUCUGCUUACACCGCAAUCAGUCAGAUCAGCUCCAUCCGCCACUACCUCACAGUUAGCGCAACAAAAACCCAAGUCUGUGCUCUUGUUUUCUCUUCUGACUAUUGCAACUCUCUUCUGUAUUGGUUCACCAAAACACUUCAUGGAAAAACUACAAAAAGGUCAUAACUCGGAUGCUAGGUUAGUUCUAAAGGCAAAAAAACGUGAUCCUGUCACACCACUACUCAACUCACUUCAUUGGCUCCCUUUACAAGCAUGUAUUGACUACAAACUCUCUGCUCUCAGCCACAACUUUUUCUUGAAUUCCUAUCAUCCUAUCUAACCGAUUUUCUUUAUGGCUAUUCACCCCUUAGGCAGCUUCACUCGCAUAUUCUAUCUGUUUGCAAGACACAUAUUAAAACAUAAGGUGAACCGAUCUCUAUCUUUCAAUGAACAAUAAAAUUGUCUCCAACUACACAUCUGCAAUAUACCGACCAUCCAGGCCUUUAAAACUGCAUUCAAGACACAUCUCUUCAACCUCUACUAUCCCGACUGAUUCCCACUACCCCCUCUGACGGAUAAAAUGUGCUGCCAUGGCUUGAAAUGUUAAUAGUUCUGGGGUGGGCGGGGUGAAUAUAUAUUUUUUGUUUUUAUACAGCUGUUUUUUAAUUAAACAAAUUGUGGAAAUUUUUUUUUAAUCUCAUGAUUAUGUUUGCUAAUAUUUUUAUAUGCAAAGCAGUGAGCCCAGCCCUAUGCUGGGG